AUGCAAAAAAUCGUUCGCCGAACCGCUCUGGCCAGGAACCAGGCGCAACGAAAAGCCAUUCGAGCCGACAAGAGUGCCCGACGCGAUGAAUUAAAAGACACCCUGCGACAGCGUUUCGCCUACAACCGGAUCGAACUCGAUAAUAUCCGCGCUGAGAGGCUACGACGCCGGGAAGAUUGGAUGCGAGGACCUCUGGCACCUCAGCGAGAUGCAGGAUUUGAAGGAAAGUCGUUUGGCGCGUUGAGUCCACAAGCGAUGAGGCCACCGGCUAUUCCGAAGCAUUUGCGGAGGAAAUAUAUCAACUUUGCUCCGGGUGAUCGGGUGUGCAUUAUGAAGGGACGGGACAAGGGUAAGAUCGAAGUGGUGACUCGAGUGGAUGCCGAGAAUGAGACUCUUACGGUGAAGGAUCUUAACAUGGCCGAUGUCUACUUCCCCGAAUGGCUCAGCGAACAAUACGGCAACAAGACACCCUUCCAGACCGUUCCCCUCCCCAUCUCCAUUGACGACGUGCGUCUCGUUGCUGCCCUCGACGACCCGUCCACAGGCCAAACCCGCGACAUGAUCGUCGAACACAUCUACGGCGGCGGCCCCAUUCUCGAACGCGAGCAGGGCGUUGAAACGCCACGACACACACGCUACAUUGCUGGCGAUGAUAUCGAGAUCCCCUGGCCACGGUUCGAAAAACCAUCCUUCAAAGACGAGGAGUGGGAUACGCUCCGUAUGGAGGUCGAAACACCAUCCUGGGUUCCCUCGCUGCAUUACGCGCCCUUCCCGCCUAGUGUGCUUGAUGAGCUUAGAAACAAGUUCUCCAAGUACCGUACAAGACACGAUCCUGAGUUCGUGGAACAGAAGCGGUUGGAGGAUCUUAAGAAGGAAUAUCUUCGAAGCACGUCUUUGAUGACGCCGAGAGGCGAGCUUAUGGCUAUGAUUCGACAGAAGAAGAAGGAGCAGCUGGAUAGCAUGAGAGAUGAAGAUGGGAAUUUGAAGCUAGAUGACAAGACGGCGUCAUUUAUUGAGAGUUACAUGACGGAGAACUCCGCGGGGAAGACGAAGUCUGCUUAA